AGGCUGGCCGAUGACUAGACAGAGGUGAUGUAAAGGUAGACAUAGGAUGAUCUUGCGCCGAGCUCAGCGUCCGCGAUGGACAGCGAAUGGCGGCUUAUCCCAGCCAAGUCGCAGGGGGCAUAGUCACCUCUCGCGAUCUCAAAGAAGCUCGACACUCAAUCCAACCGAACGAGCCAACAGGGGCUGGGCACAUCAUGCGCUGCUCAACUUAGCUCUGGGUACACUGGCCCAGUUCCUCCUCGUGCCGCCAUCGAGCCAACGAUCCAUGUCGACAGUGACGGAGCACAGCGGCCAUGAGGACACGACGUUCGACAUGACGCCCAUGGCUUCGACGAGCGCCGUCACGCUCGAGAGCCACCGUGUCACGCUGAGAUUGACCCGUUCGCCUGUACGCGUGCCUGAGAAAAGGCCAACCUCGCCUGCACCCGCGCCGCUAGCCAUUAGCUCGAUGAAGGGCAAAGAGCCAGCGUCAAGUAAGACUGCACCGCCAGAGGAGCGGCGGAAGUUCCUGGCUCUCGAUCUCAGUACUUGGCAGUUGAAAGACAACGCAACAGUCUCACUCGCACUUGCUGACAGUCUGCACGAUCUGCACGCGCUAUCGGGCUCAGCACAGACUCUCGACAUUGCUUUAAACGAAAUGCUGCAAAACGACUCACUAGAUCCUGCAGAACAAGUCCAUAUCGUCCAGCUGGGCGUGCUCGUCUUGCAGGCAAAAGCUGUGUUGACACUCAGAGGCGUGGCGAUCGAAGACGGACCGCUUAGCCCUCCGACCGGACGCGCAUUGCUUAUGCUCGUCACCCAAUGCCUUCCCAGCAAGCUUUCGGCUGGACAACAAACUCUGGCGCUCGAGAAGCGCAUCAUCAAAGCUCAGAUAGAGUUACUGCUGCUUUCCAGUCUUGCCCAUCUGGACAGCCAGCUUGAGCGAGACAUGAGAGAUUGGCAAGAACACGCAGUGCGGUCAAUGAAGGAAGGCGACGCCUUGAAAUGCUACGUUCAUGCCUUGCUCGAUUUCGUCGAUGCAAAGCAGGCCACCGCUCAACAGCGGCCUUGUAGAGCGCAUCAACAGUCGCUAGCGUUUGGCUUGGAUCUUCUUGAAAAUAUGCUCACCUCACAUGCCACGCACUUUGGACGACACGCCGUCAGCAGCUCAUCCUUCAGGCGACUGGUCGAGCUUGCAAUGCAGCCGUUUGCCCUUGGAUCAAGAGGUAUUGCCUCUCUCUUUGCUCUUAUCAGCCACCUCGAUAAGCUCAAAGAUCCACGGCGGCCACUCAGUCCGUUCGGUGGUCCAGCUCUGACGAACAAGCUUGCAAGUUACAUCGAAUUCAUUCGCCAGAGCGAGAAGGCGCAUUGGCCUUCAGUCAACAUAGGAGUCGCACUCCUGCGCGCUCGCGGUCACCAUGUUACAUGGCAUGGCUCACCGCAAUUUGUCGCCAAUACCCGCCUUCGCGAUGCUCUCGGUCGGCAGGACUGCAACGAGAUGAAGACGGUCUUGCGUGCUCUGCAGCUGCCCGUGCCCGCGCGUAUCGCCAAAGCUGCAACAUCGCAACAGGUCGAAGCGCAGGCCGCAUGCUCCGCCAAUGCUUACAUCUUUGUGACGUAUUGCUCUAUUCUUGCACGCUACGGCAUCACCCAGGAAAAGACCAGCUUCGCAAGAGCUUUCUUGAGCGAUGUCAGAUCAGGGCAAUCUGUGUUCGCCAAAGAUGCUGCAAGGGCACAUGUCUUUGGGGCAGUCCUGACAGUCCUGAAGGAUCUGCCGGCUCUCUCACUCACGCUCAGCCUAUGGCAAGAGGCAAAGAAAGCAGAGAAGCUUUCAAGACUGACCGAUUCGCCAUGGAGCUUGCAUAUUUCCGGCUGGACACUCAUCCUGGCUGCCUAUGUAUCCACCCAGAAGCUCUUGAAAGCAUGGCGUAAACGACCCGCUGGUCCGAGGCCACCCGCCGAUGCAACACUGCACGGCUCGCGGUGGUUGGCCGAGUGGAGCACGGCGCGUCUGACGGAUGACACGACUGCCGCUGCCGAUCCUAUCUUCCUCAGUACCGCUCUCGAAUUGCUCGGCGGCGAGCUCGAUAUGACGGACAGAAGUGAUCACGCAACGAAGAUGAGAGAUGCCUGUCUCGAUCUCAUCCAAUUUGCUCAGCAGCAAGGACUCGUAGAGCGCGCUCUAGCCUCCGCUAAGUUCGAAGAGCAGUAUUAUGCUGCUCGAGCGCGGCUCAGAGCACUCGCAAAAACCUCACGCAAGUAGUCGCAUAGAGUUGUUGUUGCUUCAUACGAUCUUUGCUUCUGACACCAUCAUCUACUGGUCGUGCUUG